UGCGGGGCUGUUCCGCUCAUUUCGAGGGAGGACGAGAUUGGAGGAAGACGCAGGGACGUUUUUCACUUUAUUUUCUUGAUUUGAAACAACAACACGUCGAAGUAGUUGUUUAGAAAUAAUUACACCAUGAAGGAUUUGCGGAUUUUACUCCCUGCCCUCCUUUUAAUCCUCGGUUUUGGUCUGGCCCAGGCACAAACCUGUGAGUCUAAAAACGGAACCAGCUGCGAUGAAUGCCUUAAAAAUGUCUCUUGUCUCUGGUGCAUCCCGACCAAGUCCUGUAUCACGUACCCUGUCAGGACCAUCCUCCCGCCUCACGCCGUCUGCCCGCUGAACGAAGCUCGCUGGGGGCUCUGCUGGAUGAACUUCCAGAUCCUGAUCAUCACCCUCUCCGUCGUGGGAGGAGUCAUCAUCAUCGCAUUCGUCAUCUGCAUGUUCUGCUGCUGCAAGUGUGAGAACAUCGGGUCAGCGAGAUUUGACGCAAAGAUGGCAAGACAAGCCAACAAGCUGAGGACCAAACAAGAAGAGAGGAAGGCGGAGAUGAAGGAGAGACACGACGAAAUCAGGAAGAAAUAUGGUCUGAGUGGACAGAACCCCUACUCCAAGUUUGCCUGAGACGCCCGCUGCCCCUCUGGAUGUGGACCUGUGUAAAUGAAUACAUUUUAGCUGAACAAUUAGAACAAGAAGCCCUUUGGUCAUUAGACAGAGUUCACGUUCUGUUCUGAUCAGAGGCGUGUGCACCAGUAACAUGUGUCUUUCAGAUUGUAAAUAAAAGGCCUACAUAACACAGUACGUUUUACUGCUGUGAAUACUGCUGCUUACCUUUAAGAAAUCACGAUCCUUUUUCAUGCUUUGAUUUUUCUAAUGUGUAUCUUAUUGUUUUAAAUAUCUCUGCCACGUGUAUUUUAGUAGGAAUAAAUUAUUUGGGGAAAAAA